ACUCAAACCGAAGCAUACAUUAUUAUUAUAAUUUUAUGCCGUAUUCUCCUAUUACGAACACGUGUUUCAAAUCCUUGCAAAAAUACAUAUUUCACGGUAUGCCUUUAAUGUAGCUACUGAAUGGAUUGUUGAAACGAGGUUCUCGUUAUUUGACUUUAAAAUUAGAAAUGGUAGAUUUUUUGAAAUAUUUUCAAAGAUACCAUGGAGUGGACUGUUAGUUAUUUCAUUUUGUUCCUAUGUCUCUCCACACAAGCAGCUGACCAUGAUCUCAUACUAAACAGAAUAAUUGAUAUCAUUCAGCGGAGGAACUUUCUAGAACGCGAACCACUGAUACUAGGUGUGCCUCAAGAUCCAGAAGAUUUGCCAGAGGCAGAACCAAUAUUGCCGGGGCACACACUAAUCCGACCAGCAAGAGGCAUGCUUAAAUCAUCAGUGAAGUUCCCACAAAAAGAUUACGGCAAUCUUGUGUACGGAAAUCUUGAUAAUUUGGGUAUAACAUAUGGAAAAAGUGGUUACAGAACAUUGUAUACAGGUUUUAGGAAAGCUAACGAUUUAUUGGAAAAUUUGUUACACGUAAUGAAGAAUACAAAUAGAAAACCAACAAUAGUUAUUAUCAAAAUUGAUGACGACGAAACGAGAUUACAGGGAAUAUCGCUAGAAAGCCAUCUCGCAAAUCCUGAUCAAGAAACGGAAGAAGAAAACGACGCAAGUGAAAUUUUAGACGAUGAGAAGUCAGUGGAAUCAAAUGGAAACUACAGAAGAAAAUUAGCACAUUCUAGAAGCAAGUUUAGAAAUCGAGAAAGGAUGUAUAGCAGCAGUAGUUCUGCGACCGAAUCGUCAGAGUCCUCCGACUACGAGAAGAAUCCUGGCAACCCCUACACCGUCCAUAAAAAUAAAUACUUACAGAACUGGCUUUGGAAUCAUGUGAUGGACGGCGAUCACAUGAACGUAAACCCAUUCGCACCUCAACUAAAAGGCAGCGGCCCGUCCGGAGCUGAAAUAUUCUUUGGCAGAAAAUGGUGGUAUUUCAAUCAGGACGAUUACAAACCGAUGGGGUGAUUAAAAUACUUUAAAACA